UUGGUUUCUUUUUCAGGGAAGUCCGGUUGUAAACGACAACGUUCAGGCUCGGUUAGGUGUUGGUGCUAUGGACAGAGCAACUGCAAUAAUCCAGAGAACAGCCGCAAACUCUACAAAGCAUUCGCGAAAGGUGAUCCAGACGAGUUGGAACGAGUCAUCGAAGAGAUUGAAACAUCCGAUGUCUCUGACUACAACUAUAACGAGCCAUUACUCAAAAUAAACGAACCAAUUGAUAUGGACGACGAUUCAAGUGAAGUGGUGGCUGAAUCAAAGGAACGCUCACAUUCUCGGACUCAUGAUCGUCAUCGUUCUUCAGCUGAAGUUAAGAAGUCAGCUGGGAAUGAAGAGCGACCGUCAGAACAUCAAGUAAAGAUUUCACCAACUAAACUUUUUGAACAUCCCAAAAAGGUUGAGGAACACCACCACCACCACAGAGAUUCGAAAGAAGCGCAUAAUUCUGAUCGACACGAUACAGUCAAAUCGCUCAAGCCAGUCACUCAUCGACCCAUAGAAACCGAGCAGAAGCCGGAGCCGAGAGCGCGACUAGGUUUCAUGUAUGAAAGACCAGAUGACUCUGACUCUGACGCACUCUCAGAAGAUCAAGCAGACAGUUCAGAAUCGUUGUACACUGAAUCAGUGGCUGUGAUCAGGACACUGCCCACAGAUAAGACUUCAAAAGCAUCGAAAAAAACCAAAUCAACCAGAACGCAACAUACCGAACAAGAGGAAGCAAUGGAAAAAGAAGAAGAACGUAAACCAUUUGAAGCAGUAGAGCUGCCAUCAGAACGACAGAAAGACUAUUUGGAGAAUGAUCAUCGAAUGAGGAGUUCAGCAGCAAAUUCACUCUUAGGAACGAAUAUUUUUGCGUCGUUUUUAGUUAUUUCAUUAUGUUGGUUUUUUGCUUGA